AUGUCGAGCUCGUCUUGCGCGACGAUGUCGCCGUCCUCGCGCGUCCGCGUCUCCCCCGCGCGGUCGCCGCGGCGUUCGACGACGAGCGCUAUCCGUCGGCGGACGAUGACGAUCGUCGCGAAGGCGACGUCGCCCGCGGCGCUCAAGUCGGCGGCGUCGCCCGCGACCGCGACCUCGCCCGCGACCGCGCCCGCGGUCAAGGCGGAGAAGGGCGAGUUCGUGUUCGAAGCCCCGAACCAGUACGGGUACUUCGACAGCGCGAUCGAGGCGGCGGAGACGAAGCGCGCGAAGCGAUUGGAGCAAGGGUACGUCCCGAUCACCGGCCUCAGCGCGGACGAGGAAGCGUCCAGGUACGCGCGGCUGUGCUCGAAGCACCCCACCGCGGCGCGAUGCGCGGAGGGGUUCUCGAAGAAGAUCGUCACGAAGCCCGCGACGCAGAGCAUGGUGAACGGCAGCAUGGUGCGCAGCGACGGCAUCAUCCUGGUACCGGGGAAUCGCGAAGAUCUCAUCACGUGGGCGCUCGACCCGAAGAUGUCCGGCGACACCCUCGGUCUUUUACUCCCGACGCUGUUCGUCAUCAUCGGCGCGCAGUUGAAGCAGGUCGCGGGGGUGCCGGAGUACGUCAGCGGCGCGGUCGGGAUCACCACGAAGAUCAUAGCGACGUGCCUGGUCGCGUUGUACUGGCUCCCGGACUUUACCGCGGGGAUCCAAUGA